AUGAACAAUACAUUUACCAACAAUGUAAAUUAGUCCACUUAAUAAUAAUACCUCGAUUUAUAGUCUUUUGAAACAUAAGGAUAAUAAAUUUAGAAAAAUAUUUACUUUGAAUGUAAUUUUCUAAUAUAUUUCUUUAGAGUAGGAUAAACUUGAUGGUGUAUCAGUCAGGAUUAACUUUCUCAAGAAAGUAUUGGCAGUUCUACUGAUUGAAUUCUUCAUCACUUUUGUAAUAUUUUUAAUAGGAGAAUUCACAUAUUUACUUGAUGUUUUUCUUGAAUACAUUAUCAUCUGCACAUAUUACGACAAAUAUGGUGAUGAGACAUACGAACAUUGUUACUAUUAUUUCGCGCCAACUUGGGUGUUCUAUUUGUUUCUAAGUGCUUCGAUGACUUUGUAAUUUACUCUAUACUUUGGACGAUAAAGUGGAAGAUAAGUAAGAAUUAUAUUGUUAAGCAUAGGUUAUGCACCCAUAUUUAUUUUUUUUCUUUUAUUAAAUUUUCUUUGGAUUUACAUUUACAGUGAUAUGGACGAUUAUGAAUCUUAAUAUCAACAUUAUGGCCAUGUUUGUGACUUGGGGAANCAAUAUUAAGUAAUCUUAUUAAGGACACAUUAAAUUAGGAGUUGGUUACUUAAAUGAAUACAUCAUGGUAUGUUAUUAUAUUGAAUUGCUUAAUGUAUAAAUUUGA